AUGGAAGAAGAGCUCGGUAGAUUGUUGGAGGAACGAACACGACUCAACGAAGAAAUCAAGAAUCUCGAACAUCGCUUCAUAUCGCUAGCCGAUGUCAGUGAACGAGAAGCCGUUGCUGAUCAAAUCGACGGUUGCCAACAGAAGAUCCGAUACGUUAUGGACCAGAUCACAGAAACCCAGACGGCGAUCACGGAUAUGGACGGAGGAAAGAUGGGUAUCGAUUUUGCGCUAACAUCAUCUAUUCGAUUCCUGGGAAAAUGCUUUCCAGAGAGAUCAAGAACGUGGUGA